GACCCCGCCAGCUGUACAACACGAGGAGCAAAAAGAGAAAGAACCACAGCCGCGAGCACGCGAGAACGCGCGCCGACACUAAAUCCGCUAGAUUAGUAAACCCGUCCCACACCAAGGGAAAGAUGACUGAUUUUACCGUUUUGGUGAAUGUUAAUUUACGGACCAACCGCACACGUUUUUACUCUGAAGGGAACUAAUGAAUUAUUUUGUGGAAUACAACUAUUGGGAAGAACACCGCACUCAUCUCGGUUUUUCUUCUGGUUGAGAAAAGAGCCCUACAGGGUUGUCGGGCCAGUGGGUCGUCAGGAGUUGGAACAACGGCGAGCUUCCCGUACUACUUUGCAUUGAAAUAAAGUCUUGUUUUGGGCAGAUUUCAGAUGUUGGGACACCUCUAGGUUAACCUUUCAUUAUGUUUUUAGGGUUUAAUAAUGACCCACGAUGUGUGGAGGAGCUAUUCUCUGGACUGACCAAAGCAGUCAAAGGCUAAGCUAGGUUUGAUCCAAACUAUUAUGAAAGCUACAUUCCGUGUUGACCAGACGGAUAAUUAUAGCUAGUUAAUGGAACACAUAUAUAAGUCCUAACACUUUUGCCACACUAAACUAUCGAAGGUAACCGACACUACUUUGGCGUGAAUUUCUUUGUGAACUUUAUAACUGAAUGUCCGAGGAUUCAGUAUGUCAUUUUUUAAUUUCCGUAAAAUAUUUAAACUGGGAGCUGAGAAGAAGAAGAAACAGUAUGAACAUGUGCGAAGAGACGAAAAUCCGGAGGAAAUAUGGGACAUAAUUGGUGAAUUGGGAGAUGGAGCCUUCGGAAAAGUGUUCAAGGCUCAGAACAAACAGACGGGCAUCCUAGCUGCAGCCAAAGUUAUUGACACAAAGACCGAGGAGGAGUUGGAGGACUACAUGGUGGAGAUUGACAUCCUGGCCUCCUGUGACCACCAAAACAUUGUCAAACUGCUUGAUGCUUUCUAUUAUGAGAGCAAACUCUGGAUCCUCAUCGAGUUCUGUGCAGGCGGGGCUGUGGAUGCUGUCAUGCUUGAACUGGAGAGACCGCUGACAGAGCCUCAGAUCAGGGUGGUGUGUAAGCAGACUCUGCAGGCCCUCGUCUACCUCCACGACAACAAAAUCAUCCACAGAGACCUGAAGGCUGGGAACAUCCUUCUCACACUGGAUGGUGAUGUCAAGCUGGCUGACUUUGGUGUGUCUGCCAAAAACACCAAAACACUGCAGAGAAGAGACUCUUUUAUUGGAACACCUUACUGGAUGGCUCCUGAGGUGGUGAUGUGUGAGACGUCCAAGGACCGUCCAUAUGACUACAAGGCUGAUAUCUGGUCCCUUGGGGUCACCUUGAUUGAGCUGGCACAGAUCGAGCCGCCCAAUCACGAGAUGAACCCCAUGAGAGUCCUGCUGAAAAUAGCCAAGUCCGAUCCUCCCACCUUGAUGCAGCCAUCACGCUGGUCCCCAGAAUUCAGUGAUUUCCUAAAGCGGUGUCUGGACAAGAAUGUGGACAACAGGUGGAAUUCAACACAACUUCUACAGCAUUCAUUUGUGUCCAGUGUGACCGACAACAAGCCACUGAGGGAGCUAAUAGCUGAGGCAAAGGCUGAGGUCACUGAGGAGAUUGAGGAGCACAAAGAGGAAGAAGAGGAGGAAGAGACAGAAGCACAUCUGGGUCACAAACGUGCCCCAUCUGAUGUCAGUGUUGCCAGCUCAGAGGAUGAGAAAAUUCCCCUCUCUCCAUCCAUCUUGGAAUCUGUCCCUGAGAAGGUUGAACCAGUUCUACCUGUGCCAACACCCACUGAUCUCACUAUGCCCAACAAUGUGGUGGGCACUAGCUUUGUGGAGGAGCCUUCUGCCUGACCUCCUCCAGCAGAAGAGUAUACAGAAGAGGCACCAAACACUCCUGAGGAUGGAGAGGUAGAAGUGAAACAUGUGGAGGAAAAGCUUCCAGAAGCAGAGGAAGAUGUUGCUUCACCAGAAAAAGAGACUGAGCCAGAGGCACCUGUCAUAGAAAUGCAGCAGCUGGAGAUAGCCGUUGAGGAUGAAAAGGAAGUGGACACAGCGGAGGUUCCCGCCAAUCAAGAGGCCAUCACAGAGAGCUCAGAGGUCACUGAGGCUCCUCGGGAGAAAAAGAUGGCUGUUGUUGAGGAAUCAAACACACCAGCAGAGGAGGAGGAGGACCAGUACAAACAUCUCAAAGUGACACUGACACUACCAGAGCAAGAUAAAGUUGUCCCAAAAGAAAAGGAUAAGAUAAAUGCAGAGGAUGAGAAGAAAGUUCCAGACAAAGCUAAGGACGACAAAGAGAGGGAUUCAGACUCAGGCAGUGGCUCAGCUGCAGAUAACAGCAGCGUAGAUCUGAAUCUGUCCAUCUCCAGCUUUCUGUCCAAAUCUAAAGAGCCUGGAUCUGUUUCCAUACAGGAUACCAAGCGUCAGAAGAAGACGUUGAAAAAGACUCGCAAAUUCAUUGUGGAUGGUGUGGAAGUUAGCGUGACUACAUCAAAGAUCAUCACUGACAAUGAUACUAAGAACGAAGAGAUGAGAUUCCUGAGGCGCCAGGAGCUGAGGGAGCUGCGACUCUUACAGAAGGAGGAGCAGAGGGCCCAGCAGCAGCUCAGCAACAAGCUCCAGCAGCAAAAAGAGCAGAUCUACCGCCGCUUCGAACAGGAGACCACAAGUAAGAAGCGCCAGUAUGACCAGGAGGUGGAGAAUCUAGAGCGGCAGCAGAAGCAGACAAUCGAGAGGCUGGAGCAGGAGCACACCAACCGGCUCAGGGACGAGGCCAAACGCAUCAAAGCUGAGCAGGACAAAGAGCUGUCCAAGUACCAGAACAUGCUGAAAAACCGCAAGAAAGAGGAACAAGAGUUUCUUCAGAAGCAGCAGCAGGAUCUGGACAGCGCUCUGAAGAAGAUAAUCCAGCAACACAAACAUGAGCUCGCCACCAUCGAGAGGGACUGCCUCAACCACAAGCAGCAGCUUCUCCGAGCACGGGAGGCUGCCAUGUGGGAACUGGAAGAGCGCCAUCUGCAGGAGAAACACCAAUUGUUUAAACAGCAGCUCAAAGACCAGUAUUUCAUGCAGAGACACCAGCUGCUCAAGAGACACGAGAAGGAGAUGGAGCAGAUGCAGCGCUACAACCAGCGCCUGAUUGAGGAGAUGAAGAACAAGCAGACGCAAGAGAGAACCAGACUGCCUAAGAUUCAGCGCAGCGAGGCCAAGACCCGCAUGGCCAUGUUUAAGAAGAGCCUUCGCAUCACAGGAGCUGCUAUCACCCCUGAGCAGGAGAGGGAGAAGGUCAAACAGUUUGCAGCUCAGGAAGAGAAGAGACAGAAGAACGAGAGGCUCCACCAGCACCAGAAACAUGAAAACCAGAUGAGAGACCUGCAGCUGCAGUGUGACGCCAACAUCCGAGAGCUUCAGCAGCUGCAGAAUGAGAAGUGCCACCUGCUGAUUGAACAUGAGACCCAGAAACUGAAGGAGCUGGAUGAGGACCACAGCCUAGAGCUGAAGGAAUGGAGGGAGAAACUACGACCCAGGAAGAAGGCCCUGGAGGAAGAAUUUGCCAGGAAGCUGCAGGAACAGGAAGUGUUCUUCAAGAUGAGCGGAGAGUCCGAGUGCCUUAACCCCUCCACCCAGAGCCGCAUCUCCAAGUUCUAUCCGAUACCCAGCGUCCACUCCACUGGUUUCUAAGAGAAACACACGUACAUAUGCAUCGACAUACGCACACUAUUUCACUACACAGAGUGCACAUAGACACACACACACACACACACUCAUGAAGACAGACUGAAACUGUGCGGCCUUGGCCUCAUCUUCUGACAGCUCUCAGAGGGUGUAGGUCUCUGUCUAUGAACUUAGUUCCUCAGUGUGCAGUCCACUGCUCUGCAAGACUGUUAUUCUGCUCAUUUAGUCAUAUUUUCACACUAUUACAGUCAUUUUGAAGGUGAAUUAUGAAGGAGAUUUUACAGAUUUAGUGCUUUGGUCAUCACCUCAAAACCACUGAAGUGAAGUAGCUCUCUGUCCGACCUUCUUUUGUGAUUGAAUUAUUUUUUGUAAAGAAUCCAGUGCCUGUAGAAUUUGAUGUUUUUUGCUUUUAAAUCUAAGCAGUUUAUGAUCAUUACUUGCUGCUCAAUCUAGACAUCUGCUCUAAGGAGAGGAUUUUUAUACCACUUGAUUUGGGUAAAUACUCAAUAGUAACCUUUGCAUUUAUAAUUGCUCAUCAAAUAGAAUGUAUUUCUGAUGAAGAAGACAGAGCACAUUUUGAAUAUUACUCUUGUUGAAGGAAUGGUGAUACGGUGUAUUUUUAUUAAAUCAUACAUAUCUGUCUGUUAGAGUGGUAGGAUGUGAUACAUUAGGGGUUAAAAUAACCUGUCUUAUGCAUUAUUUCAUUGCAAAAUAUAGGAACCUUUUCCAGCAGAAAUGCUUCCUUCUUUCAGGGUUUUUCUUCAGAAUGCCUUCCUGUUUCAAGCACUUAAGACUUGAGACUUACUGUUUAGCAACAAGCAGUGCAUGGUGUAAACCAUUAGUUGCUUGGUUGCAUACAAUAGAGGAGGUGUGGAGAUGGUGUUUACAUACAGAGGAUCACUGUUAAUUGAACACUAAGGAAAUCACAGUGGUGGCUGUCGAACAAGCAUUUACCUGUUUGUUGGUCUGAUUUAGAUUUUUUUGUUGUUUGUUUGUUUGUUUGUUUGUUUUAGGUGACACCACUUAAUUAUUAAGAAAAAGUUACAUAUCUAUAGGAGCAAGCUCUUCAGGGAUGAAUAAAGAAUGCAAUUCCUCAUUGAUGUCCUGUUAAGUUGAUAGCAUUUGUAAGAGUUUCCAGGGCCUGAGUGCCAUGAAACUCACCAAGCAAAUUCAAACUGUAAACAGCUUUCAAUUCAGCCAGGUUAAACAAAAUCACCAAACCUGCAGUAAAAGUUGAUGACGCGUCCUUUGUAUUUGCUUUGGUUUUCUCCACAUGCUUCAUAAGAUAUUUUGCUACCAGUUGCAUUAUGGGUAGGCCUGCAUGGCUUUCGUUUCUUUUUUAUUGAAAUGAUAAUACUGUUUUUAUUGACAUGCUAGCUAAUAGCUGUAAUAUUUCAGAAAUGGAUAUACUGUAUACCUAAUAUGAAGGACUUUGGUCAAACAGUUGGUUUUAUGAAGCAUAUUAACAAUUUAAGAAUUACUUCAGUCAAGUGUAUUCAAACAAACACAGAACAUGAGCUUUUAGCAAAUGGUUUUUAUUUAGGUUGAUGAAUUGAAUGAAUGAUGCUAAAGCAGAGUAAUAUUUGAGGCAGUUGAUGCAAAAAAAAAAAAAUGGACCUGACUGGUUUAGGCCAUCAUCUCUGAUUGGUUCAUUUUAUCAUCUCAUUUUCUUUAUGAUUGGCUUUAAAGUUAGUCAAAUGUAUUUAAUAACUGAGCUGGUAUGUACAAAAACAUAAUGAAGGAGUGCUGUGCACGUUUUGCAAAACUUUCUCAAUAGUUAUUUAUAUGAAAACCCACACUGCAGCACCUGUGGCAGAGCCUUACUUGCUCUACUUACAAAAAUCUAAUUACAAAAUGAGUCCUGUUAGUUCUUCUGUUUGUCAGCUAGAUUCUCUAAACUGAAAAUUCUGAAUGUUGACUGAAAAACAAAACCAUGAUCCAUAUCAAAAUCAUUAUGCAUUUUUUACAAUAAAUGUAUAGUUUUUAGAAUGCCUGUAUAAUGUAGAGUUUCAUUUUGCUGUAAAUAAACAGUUUCCCCUC